AUUUAAAAUGUACAUAAAUAAAGCGUAAUGUUUAUCACAGAGCUAUAAUUACUGUUCACUGUCGUCGGUGUAGUUAUAGGAACUGUUUUUCCAAAAUGACUUCGAUAUUAGAUCAGUAUAAGCAAGCAGCACAGGCUUCCUAUAGAACAAAGCCACCUGCUGAGCCCAUGAUAUCUUCAGGAUACAUCAAUAUGCAGCUCGAAGAUAAUGUACCGAUGUUUACGAAACAGAAAAUGAACCUCAACCCAUCGGAUUUAAUCACUCACGCUGCCGUUUCUAGUGAUAACUUAGUGGUGGCUAUGGCGAAUGGGAAAUUGUUCAGAAUGGACAUAAGGAAUCCUGAUUCUGAGCAAGAAAUUCACUACUCAAAAUAUUGUCAGCCAACCUCUAAAUUGAGCGGUUUGUUUCUGGAUCCACUCGGAUGUCAUCUCUUAAUGUCAUUUUCAUCUAAAACAAAAGAUGGAUGCCCUGAACUAGCCUAUAUCCAUCAAAAGAGCUCGAAACUAAAAUUUGUCAGCAAAAUCCCCAACUAUGAAAUUACUGAAGUUGGUUGGAAUUUCGAAAACACUUCUAACAACAUGACUGGACCUAUUUUAUUAGGCACUUCUAAAGGACAUUUACUGGAAACUGAGCUAGAACCGAACAAUGACAAAAUGUUCAUUGCCAGUGAACACUACUGGCGACAGAUUUUCGACAUUGGAAAGGGGGCAGACACACCCAUAACUGGAAUAAAAUUUCACAGGGUUGCCGGAACAAAUAAGUACUGUAUAUUUGUGACAACACCAACAAGAAUUUACCAGUUCAUUGGGCAUGCCAUUUUUUCUGAGAACAAACCAUCUCUGAAGUCAGUCUUUUAUCCGUAUUUGACCAUUCCAGAAACAGGUUUUCAGGAAAUACCUUCUACGUUAAAAUAUUCUGAGCUACAAUAUUACUUCGAUAAGAAUGAAAUGCCUAAAACGUUUGCCUGGCUUACCGAACAGGGUAUCUUCUAUGGUCAGUUGGACCCGACAUCUCAACAGAACUCAAAUUCUGUUGUCACCCAAGGCUCGCUCGUAACCUACCCUUCGGGACCGGACGGCAAAGAAAUACCCCCAUUAUCAUUUGUUCUCACGGAAUUCCACACUCUGCUAAUGUAUUCAGAUCGAGUUAAAGUAGUAUCUCUACUCAACCAAGAACUUGUCCACGAGGAUAUUUACUCGGAAGCUCAUGGGAAACUCAAAACAAUAAUACGCGACUUGAAGAAAAGACAGAUUUGGGUGUUUACGGAAAAAAAGAUAUUUCGCUACAAGAUCGUUCGUGAAGAACGGAACCUAUGGCAGAUAUAUUCAGAUAAAGAACAGUUCGAUCUGGCUAGAGAAUAUUGUCAGAACAAUCCGGCCUUCCUGGACAUCGUGAACAUGAAACAAGCCGAUCUGUUCUUCUCGAAAGGCGAAUACGAGAGAAGUGCCGAAAUAUAUGCCGAAACCCAAAGAAGCUUUGAGACGAUAUGUCUUAAGUUUUUGGAAGCCGAGCAAUUUGAUGCCUUAAAGAAAUACUUGGAAAGGCGACUGGAGUCAUUGACAGAUGACGAUAAGACGUUGAUCUCGAUGAUCGUUAUCUGGAUGACGGAGUUGUAUCUGUCGCAACUGGGCACGCUGCGGCGGACGGGCAGGGGCGACAGCUCGGAAUACCAUCAGAUGCAGAGCGACUUCGAAGUGUUCCUGCUCCAUCCGAAGGUAUCGAAGACGAUGCGUCACGUUAAAUCCGUCAUAUACGAGCUGAUGUCCUCGCACGGCGACAAACAGAAUCUACUGAAACUGACGAUGAUCAACGAGGAUUUUGAAAACGUCGUGUCCCAGUACGUGUACAGGAAGAAUUAUCUAGAAGCUAUAAACGCGCUGCAGAACUUGAAGCGCCCGGACCUGUUCUACCAGUUCGCUCCGGUGCUGAUGGAGGCGGCUCCCAAGCACAUGGUGAACGCUCUGAUCGCUCAAGGCGCCAGGCUGAGUCCCUCGAAGCUGUUGCCGGCGUUCCUGUCCUGUCAGAACGACGAGGCGCACAUCACGGAGAUCACCAGAUACUUGGAGUUCAUUGUGGUGCACUUCAACGUGAAGGACAAGGCGAUUCACAACUACUUGCUGACGCUGUACGCGGAGCAUGAUCAGCAGGCGCUGAUGAGGUACCUGUCGCGGCAAGGGCAGGACAUCGCGCUGGUCAACUACGAUGUUCAUUACGCGCUGAGGCUUUGUCGCGAGAAGAACGCGUCGGAGGCGUGCGUGAAGCUGUCGGCGCUGCUGGGGCUGUGGGAGGGCGCCGUGGAGCUGGCGCUGCGCGUGCGGCUCGCGCUCGCCAAGAGCGUCGCCGCGCUGCCCGACUGCCCGCACGUGCAGCGACAGCUGUGGCUGCACAUCGCUGAACACGUGAUCACCAAGAACCAAGACAUCAAGGAAGCGAUGAGUUUCCUCGAGGAGUGUCCCCUGAUCAAGAUCGAAGAUAUCCUGCCGUUCUUCAGCGACGUAGUCACCAUAGAUCAUUUUAGGGAACCUAUUUGUCAAUCUUUACAGGAGUACAACAAUCAAAUUGAGGAGACAAAAGCUGAAAUGGAAGAAGCUACGAAGGCCGCUAAAUACGUUCGCGAUGAGAUCCACUCGUUCCGUGGUCGCAGUGUGCGCGUGUCGGCCUCCUCCGGGUGCUGCGCCUGCGACCUCGCGCUGCUGCUGCGGCCCUUCUACCUCUUCCCCUGCGGACACCACUUCCACGCGGACUGCCUCACUGCCGAGAUCACGCCGAUGCUUGGUGCAGCAAAGCGCAGCAAGCUGGGCGACCUGCAGCGUCAGCUGUCCGUGCUGUCCAACAUCGAGCUGUCCACCGCCACGUCGAGCGGCCUGCCCCUCAGGGAAGUCUUGAAGAACGAAAUAGACGACAUCGUGGCGAACGAGUGCAUCUACUGCGGAGAGCACAUGAUCAGCUGCAUCGAUAAACCGUUCAUAUCAGACGAGGACUGGGACAGAGUCAUGAAGGAAUGGGAGUAGCGAAAUAUUCGGAUUGAGGUGUUUGUACGACACAAACUGGUAGGACCUGUGAGUCCGCGCGGGUAGGUACCAACACCCUGCCUAUUUCUGCCGUGAAGCAGUAAUGCGUUUCGGAUUAAAGAGCGGGGUAG